UAUUCUUGCUUCUUCACCAUUGAAAUCCCUAGCUUCAUUGUCAAAGGAGCUCCCCACAGUCCCAAUACCAGCUGUUCAUCAAAGUGCCAAAAUGCAAGGGCUUAUCCGAGGACUAAGAUCAUGCCAGGAAACAGUUAAGCUUUCGAUUUUAAAGAAUUCACUAGGCAGAAUCUCCAUUGAGGGGAAAAACAUGUUCUCCCGUUUUGGGUGCGUGACUUCCUCUCCUUCACCAUUGGGAACGCAAGAGAAGGGAUUAGAAAACAUGACAGUAGCAGACGUGCUGAUGACCAAGGGAGAAGAAAAAGUUGGGUCUUGGCUUUGGUGCCGCAUCAAUGACAAUGUUGAUGAUGCCAUGAAGAAUAUGGCAGAAUAUAACAUUGGGUCAUUGCUGGUUUUGAAACCUGGAGAGCAACAACAUAUUGCAGGAAUCAUCACAGAAAGAGACUACCUGAGGAAGAUAAUUGGGCAGGGAAGAUCACCUAAAUACACCAGAGUUGGGGAAAUCAUGACCAAGGAGAACAAGUUAAUCACAGUGACAUCUGAUACAAGCAUUCUUCAAGCAAUGCAACUUAUGACAGACAAUCACAUCCGGCAUGUUCCAGUCAUAGAUGGGAAAAUAGUCGGCAUGGUUUCUAUUGUAGACGUUGUCCGAGCAGUGGUGGAACAACAAGAAGGAGAAUUAAAGCGACUGAACGAGUUCAUCAGAGGAGAGUACUACUAGAGAAUGCUACCAAAGUUUGGCUGCCAGUAUUCAAACAGGAGCAACGACAUCAAAUUCACUUUAUCCAAACUUUGUACUUUACUUACACUGAUCAUUCUUUCAUUUCUUUCUUCAUUUUCCCCCUUUUUUUAAUAAAUAAAAAGGGCAAACAGAAGAAAUGAAUGACAAAUGGCAAGGGUAUGCAGCUGCACAUAUUUGUAUAGCUGCCAAGAUGGUGCCAACUUGCAAAAAUACCUCUUCCUGUAUGAUCAAUGAAGAUGAAAAUUACAUAGC